UCCCAGACCAGCAGAGGCAGCAGCCGGAGCAGCCGCAGCCUGCGCCCUCUCCCGCCCGCCCGCCCUCCGCCCGCCCGCCCGCCCGCCCGCCCUCCGCCGCCCUCCACCCGCCCCGGGGUCUCUCUCCCCUUCCUCCUCCUCCACCCCCCCUCCUCCGCCCGCCAGCGGGGCCCCCCUCGCCUUCCCGCCCGCCCCUAUUGUUCCGCCCCCGGCCUCCCGCCCUUCCCCUUCCCGCCCGCUCCCCUUUUCCCCUCCGUCGACUCGCGCCCUCCAGUUUUUGGCUUUCACUCUCACCAGUGACCAAAGACUUGACCACUCAAAGUCCAGCUCCCUGUAACUGCUAGACAUGGACACCGGUGUGAUUGAAGGUGGAUUGAAUGUCACUCUCACCAUCAGGCUACUUAUGCAUGGAAAGGAAGUUGGCAGUAUCAUCGGAAAGAAAGGAGAAUCUGUUAAGAAGAUGCGCGAGGAGAGUGGUGCACGUAUCAACAUCUCAGAAGGGAAUUGUCCUGAAAGAAUUAUCACUCUGGCUGGACCGACUAAUGCCAUCUUCAAAGCCUUUGCUAUGAUCAUUGACAAACUGGAAGAGGACAUAAGCAGCUCUAUGACCAAUAGCACAGCUGCCAGUAGACCCCCGGUUACCUUACGACUGGUGGUCCCUGCUAGUCAGUGUGGCUCUCUCAUCGGAAAAGGUGGUUGCAAGAUCAAGGAAAUAAGAGAGAGUACAGGGGCUCAGGUCCAGGUGGCAGGGGAUAUGCUCCCCAACUCAACUGAGCGAGCAAUCACUAUUGCUGGCAUUCCGCAGUCCAUCAUUGAGUGUGUCAAACAGAUCUGCGUGGUCAUGUUGGAGUCCCCCCCGAAGGGCGUGACCAUCCCGUACCGGCCCAAGCCCUCCAGUUCUCCAGUCAUCUUUGCAGGUGGUCAGGACAGGUACAGCACAGGCAGCGACAGUGCGAGCUUUCCCCACACCACCCCGUCCAUGUGCCUCAACCCUGACCUGGAGGGACCACCUCUAGAGGCCUAUACCAUUCAAGGACAGUAUGCCAUUCCACAGCCAGAUUUGACCAAGCUGCACCAGUUGGCAAUGCAACAGUCUCAUUUUCCCAUGACCCAUGGCAACACCGGAUUCAGUGGCAUUGAAUCCAGCUCUCCAGAGGUGAAAGGCUAUUGGGCAGGUUUGGAUGCAUCUGCUCAAACUACUUCUCACGAACUCACCAUUCCAAAUGAUUUGAUUGGCUGCAUAAUUGGGCGUCAGGGCGCCAAAAUCAAUGAGAUCCGUCAGAUGUCUGGGGCGCAGAUCAAAAUUGCAAACCCAGUGGAAGGAUCUACUGAUAGGCAGGUCACCAUCACUGGAUCUGCUGCCAGCAUUAGCCUGGCUCAGUAUCUAAUCAAUGUCAGUUUAGAAAACGCUAAACCCUCCUCCCAGGCAGCCUCCGUCACGAUCCCUGAUCACCUCAGCAUCAACCUCUCUCAACCCUCCACCCCUUCUUCUUCUUCUUCCUCCUCCACCACCACCCCCUCGCUCGCCACGGCGGGGACUUCCGACGCACCCUCCAGCCUCCCCAACCCUCUUCCGACCGCCCCUUGUGUCUCCAGUCUGCUUGGCAUGAAACCCAUCCCUCUCCUGGCUCUAAAUGUUGUGUCUGCUGCUAAGGGUACCGGGGCUUCAGCUGCCAGCACCACCUCUACUGUGCCAUGUGUAACUAACAAACUGAAAGGCGAGAAGCAGAGGUUCUCUCCCUACUGAGUGCACAUCUUGGCACCUCCUCAAGUGUUGGUUUAUGUUGUUUUUCUUUGUUAACAUUGGUGAGAACCAAACUAUUGUGAGCUUGUGACCGUUUUCUUUUUACUACUUUGGGGGAGAACUGGUGGGGGUGGGCACGGGUAAUUCUUGUUUAGGUUUAGGUCUUUACAGCUCAGUGCCUGUUUCAGAGUCUGACUUGUUGAUUUAAAUCUUUAUCUAGAGCCACAGUUCUUACUCACUAAUUCUGUUACACUUUUUUGUAGCAUUAUACUGCCUUGCAAUAUAAACAAUGUGUUAGGCUCUGUGUUGAUGAAUAAAAGCUUCUCCUUUAAUCCUUUCCUUUUUUUAUAGUUGAAAUUAUUUAAUGGUUAAGCUGUCAGCUGGCUAUAGCCAAAUCUGUGUUUCUAGUUAUAAUAAAGUUGCCACAGUAAGAAGAGUAGCUCACUGUGUGAUGUGACGGGUGAGGGUGGGGGUAUGUGGUCUGUGCCUUGUCAGCUUGGAUGGCUGUGUAGCCUGUUUGGGCCUUUUUGCAUCCAACAUGAACUUUUAAUUUUAACCCUUUGUCAGUAUUCCCAUGUAGAAGGGCUGUCAGUGUUUAAACACUGAUGAUCCUCAUGCUUAGCCAGAAGCCUUGAGUCACGAACAGCUUUCCUUUGCUAACAGCCAGUAAGUGUCAAAGUGUCCUUGCCUUGACCUCUUCCCUCUGCUCAGUGGUUAUUUCAGAAGCACACAUAGAACUAACUUGAACCAGAGUCUGGUAGCUUUUGUCUGUAUUCCUUUAAUGGGUCGUUAAAUAUAUAGGAAAUACAGGAAGGGCUUAUAGUUAUUCUGAACCAGGCAAGUUCUUUUACCUUCUAUUUCCUGCCUGCUUGUCUCAGGAGCAGCACGAUCACGAGUGCGAGAUACUAUGCUUAGAUGAAGCUUAUGGAUUUACCUUCUGUAGCAUGAAGUAGAAAAGGUACCCUAAGAGAACAGAAACUCCAUGGGUGACUGGCCAGGACUCACUGUGCUGUGCUGUGCUUGUUACAGUACCAUGGUGCACUUACCUAGCUCCUGAUGUUUACUUUCUCCUUUUUUUCUGAUGUACAUCUAAGCCACUUUUUAAAAAUCAAGAUGAACCACAGGUGUUUUUCACAAAAGAGGAAAAAUGAUGGACUCAGGGUUCCAGCUUAGACAGUGGUAGAGUAUUUGCCGGACCCUGCGCUUGUUCUCUAGCAUUGAAAACAAAUGGAGAGCUGGAUCUCAUGAAACGAGAAAGCCACUCGAUUUUCUUCCAUUCAACCAAGGUACAUAUAAGUUUACCAAGUAGGCAGUGAAAGGUUUUUUCUGAUGGCCUUCCCAAACAUCCCUGGAGUGGCAUUGUUGAACAACAUGAGAAAGACAAAUGGCUGCCCAUGCUUAUUACAGUAUCGUUCAGUUUAUUCCUUUAUUCCAGACGGCCUUACACAUGUGUGCACACACCCACGUCAGGGUCGUGGUUUUAGAAAAGCGACUCGAGGCCUGUUGGUUAGCCGUCUCCUGUGCUAGGUAGUUUUAAAUAUUUCUGUAGCUAAAACUGUUCUGAUGACCAUCUCUGAUGGGAUUUGGUUUUAACUUUAUGUUGGAAGGCCUUUUGAUCUAACAAAUAUCCCUGAAUAAAGAAUUGCUGGGAAGUAAUCCAGAUGUUCAAGAGGCUUGACUUGAUGAAAAUUUAAGAUGAGCUGGUGCUCAUGUAUGGUUUUUGAUCUCGAGAAGUUAUUUCUGUUGGGACUUCCCUUCUGGGUCAGCAACUGCAUCUUGCCCUUUAAAUUCCUUCUUAGGCUUUAUAGUGAGUACUGGAUAGUUCUUGAGCUGUUUAUAUGGCUGCUACUCUGUAUGGUUGUUUUUCAAGAUAGUAGACUUAGAGGAGGCAGUUCCAUUGCGCCUUUGUUUCCCACUGAAUUCUGUCAUGCAGAGUUGCCUAUAUGCCUGUGCAGUGCCUUUGCAGGCAGGAAAUUGUUGUAUCCCAUGGAACUGGUAUCAGCCGUUUGUGAGCCACCAUGUGGGUUCUGGGAACCAAAUCCGGGUACCCUGCUAUAGCAUCAAGUGCUCUUCACUGUUGAGCUGUCCCCUGAGUCCCGAAAGCUUACUUGCCUUGCCAUGGGAGCCUCUUACGUGGAGAUGUGGAGAAUCUGCUCCCUUUGUUUGUUGUUGAUAUUCAUGCGCUCAUGGGUUGUGCCCAGGUGGGGUGUGCCAUAGUGCACGUGGCGAUGUCGUUAUCUUUACCAAGUUUCAGAUGGUCUUUUUAGUCACUGCUAAUAGCUGGCUUUCCGGCUUCUGGGGAUUCUCCUUCCUCUGAUCUGUGGUUGUGUGCUGAGACUACAGACGCCAUAUGCUGCCUACUGAGUCUGCGUUGACAGGCACACUGGGCGUGUUAUAGUCAGGUCUUUAUGCUUGGGUGGCAAACACUGUGUCCACUGAGCCAUGGCCACAGCCCAUGUGUUCCUGUGUGUCCACAUGUGUGUGGGUUCAUGUGAACAUGUCCAGGUGCACAGAGGUCAAAACUGGUUUAUUUUCUUUCAGCUUAAUAUGAGAUCUUUGGACUUGGCUCACUGUUUUGGCUAGGCUCUUCCCCUUUCUCCAUACCCCCAGCAAUUGGUAUUCCAGGCGUGUGCUGCCACUUGAGACAUUUUUACAUGGGUGCUGGCUCCUCCUCGCUUGAACUGGCAUCAUCUGUCCAGCUCCUCUUAACUCCCUUUGUGCUGAAUUUCAGUACUGAGUAGGCCUCGCUCUGAGAUAUCACUUGUGGACUUAUUGUUUAGGCACAUUCAGGCCAGUAAGGUAAACAGGAGAAAUAAUUUGUUUCCCGGACACUCACCUCCCCCUGUGGUAUUUGUACAUUCAGUGCACGUGGUGUUCACCAAAUGAAUGCAUGUCAGACCGAGUCUGUGAAGUUAAUUGAGCUUCUGGUGUGGAACUGGGACUUCCACCUUUAUUUGUCAUCAAAAUGAAGCAUCUUACUGCCCACCUAAUAAUAGUGCGAUGUACGGAAUGCCAUUUCCUCAAGGCUUAGUUGGAUUUCAGGACCUCAAAUGACCUAUUUGAAACAUAGAAAGGCACUGUAGCUAGGUAUAUUUACAAAUAGGAUUUGGCUCAGAAAGGCCACAAGUUUAGAGUUUUGAAGAGUGAGCUAAGGAACUGAAGCCCUGCUGCUUGUUCUCCUGUUAGUAUUUUCCUACAAGCUUGAAAACAGCAAUUGGAUUCCUCACUGUAGCACCCUUUAACACUUAAUAUCACGUGAUGUCCUCAAGUGUUAUGCUUCCAACACAUAGUAAUUCCUUUACUACCCAGGCUGUGGUAGUACACAUGGCAGGAUUUACCUCCUGAAGGCUAGUAUUUCCCAGAUUUGUGGUUGUGCUUGCAGGAGGUAAGGGGAACAGGAAAGACACAGCUUUUGUGUAACAGCGAGUGGCAUAGCUCUAGAAAUUCUGUAACAAAGUUUCCAAAGAAUACAACUUGGAAAGAGAGUAUCAGCAGUCUGACGUGCUUUGUUAGGUUCUUCAUGAUUGGGUAAACUGACUUCCUCUUGUUUCUGUUUUACAGGCUUUCCUCGGAGACAGGUGGCAUGGGGAGCAGCUAGAACAGUGCAGACUCAUCCAUAAUCCCUUUCUGCUGUU